GUUGGAAGCUCAGGAUCUCCUCUCUUUCUCUCGCAGAUAUCUUCUUCUUCUCUCUCGUGUGGGUGGGUGAUCAACGAUAGCCGGAGGAAACCUCCCUCUAUUCGUUUUCCAUAUGGCGUCACCCGAGGAGAAGACCGAAGCAGAUGGAAAAGGCAACGCUCUCAAAGGAUUCAAUUCAUUCAUCAAGGAAAGAGAUCUUCUCUAUCUCCCAGACCAUGCCCUAAGGGUACAGAUAGUUUCAAAGCGACCACACGGUGAGGAACGCAUCGCCACAGAAGAGUCUCCGAAACCCGAAGCAGAAGGAUCGGACAACGUCAGAAAUGGUACUUAUAUUUCUAGACGGUCAAGGGGUGUAGAUUUUUCUACUACUGGAGAUGGUUCUGGGGACGAAGUCAUCAAUGUCAACUCUAAGCUUUUAUCCCGGAAGAGCGAUCUGUUUCGCAAGUUAUUCAAUGAAAUGAAGACAGCAGUACUAGAGGAACCUCUAACUAUUCAAAUUGAAGCAUCUGAGGAAAAAGCCUUCUUCGGGCUUCUGGAGUUCAUCUAUUUUUCCAGUCUCUCAGCAUCCUCUUACGAAGAAAUUGUGGAUUUGCUGAUGAUCUCAGACGAGUUCCAAGUUCUUUCAUGUGCUUACAAAUGCAUAGAACAGCUGGUCCACACGCUAAACUCAGCACUCUCUUGCUUUGAGCUUUCGCAUAAAGCAAGCUGGAUCCAAGUAAAAGAGUUGCUAUUAAAGGAGGCAAUAAAGUAUGUCACUCAAACUGACCCUCAAAGAAUGAUGUUUCCAAAACUUAAAGAAGACCGUGAUAUAAUGAGCAUGAAAGAUGAACUACUUCCGCUGCCGUUUUCCGGAAUCGAGGCAAUCUUUCGCAUGGACCGGAUCCCAGUUGAAUCAGAAGAUGCUGUCUAUGAUUUUAUCCAGUAUUGGGCACAGACCCACUACCCAAAACCAGAGGACCAUUCCGCUGCCAAGGAACUGCACCUGGAGCGCCUCAUCCGCUUCAAUUACCUGACACCCCAAAAGCUGGAAGAGGCCCUGCAGAGUGACUUCUUUCACCCUGAAUCCGCAUCCAUGGCUGUCAUCGAGGCCCUGGCUUUGAAGGCCAGGGACCCAUGCACACGCGGACUCGGCCCGGGUUGGUGCUCGAGCAACCACUUACGUGAGCGGCGUUACAAGCGCCCGCCCGUAACAGUUAACAGGCUUUGGUACCCAGAAUUCGACCGUUGCGAAGUAUAUUGUAGCCUCACCAUGUCUGAUUUAUUGGACAUGUUUCACUCCAUAGGCAGUAGAGAGUCCGAGGACUUCCAGUUCGGCCACCAACUUUUCAGUCUAGUGGCUUCCUGCAAAGUUGGCACAAGCGAAUUUUCUUUUGAGCUAUGCAUUACUGCGAAGGCAGAAAUCUUGGGCAAGAAUGUCUAUGCCACUAGGUUUCUAGCAAUGAAAGAAGUAGAUGACUUGGUGGAUUUUGUUGAGAUGGGAACGGGCACCUUUAUGCCUUCUAAAGAGGAAAAAGCUGGCUGUGAUGACCUCUUACCUGGGUUCUGGCCUCAACUUCUUACUGGUACCGGCCCUUUCAUACACGGUGGAAUUCUUCUUUUAUGCGUGGAGAUCACUUGCAGACGGUAAGACGGAUCUUAUGCCAGUAAAGCACUUGCAAGAAAUGCCUUUCUCACUGCAAAGGUAGAAUGGUGGCAGUGCUUUCAAUUUGCUGAAUUAAUCAGAUUGUGCAGGAAGUUUCUUUAUCCAGACAUAUAUAUGUUUGAAUUGGAAUCAAACAUAUGCCGUUAAACUUAGAAUACAUUUUAACUAUAUUUUGUUUUUUUGAUUGUAUUAAUCCAUGGAGACACCAAAGAAAGAUUGAUUGACUA